UGAGGUGACGCCGGAAAGGGGGCGUGCCCUGGCAGGGCCCGCCAUGCCGAAGCGCUCCUGCCCCUUCGCAGAGGCGGCUCCCCUCCAGCGGAAAACACGCGUGGGGUUGCGGGAGCUGAGCCGUGGCGUGCGGGGCGAGGAGUACCGCCGGGAGGUCUUCGAGAGGACCCGGCGGCUGCUCUUCAAGGGCGCCCAGGCGUACAUGGAGGGCGCCUGGCCCGCCAGCCCCGCCGCCACCUGCCCGCUCAGCCGCUCGCCGGAGCCGGGCGGAGAGGCCCAGGGCGGCGGCGCGGGGCGCGGCUGGAGCGGGCAGCUGCUCAUCGGCCCGGACGGGAAGCUGCUGAGGCGGCCCGGCCACACCGACACGGUUCCACCCGUGGGAGUUUCCAAAGCCUGUUCAUCGUGUGUAAGAACUGCUGAUGUCAAGGAAGCAUGUACACAGUGCGACCAGUUCAUCUGCCAGAACUGCAGCAGGCUCUGCAGCUGCUGUAACACAGUUACCUGUUCUUUGUGCUCCACUAUUGAGAAAGUCACUGCACCCAGCCCAGCAGCAGGCGCAGCCCUGACCCAGGCAGGAGGCCACGGCCGGGACUUUGUCCCAAUCUCUGUGCCACAGCAGAUGGAGGUGAUGGGAGGAGGAAGGACUAUGCUACGGACUACCUACCGCACCUCCUUUGGCUCAUUAAAUCUGCACUUGUCCACGAGACCAAGGAAAGAGGGUCUUGCAGCUGCCUUUUACCAUUUACAGGGGGGCUGAGCUGUAUGUUGGGUCUCUGGUCCCCACAGUGACCCCGGGAGCAUCCACAUCAGGACACUGCCCAUGAGAAAAUAAUUAUUUAAAAUAAAAGAUGUUAGUUCAUAGCACACCCUCUAGAAGGGACUGCAGAAAAAGAUCUGAAAUAGGUUAUGGCAUAAAAAAGAAUGAAAGAAUGCUAGGGAGGAGGAAGAAAUCUAUUAUUCCUUGUCUGCUGGGAAGAGAGGGGAAGGAGGAAGGUGUCCUAAGGAAAAAGUCAACAGGUAAAACAGAACUGGAACUGAGACAAAACUGACUAAAACAAGCAAGAGGGGACAGCGGAGAGCAGCCUGGUCUCUACAGGUGCCACGCAGCAAUCUGCAUCCAGCCUCUGUGCAGCCGGGAAGCGAAAGCCCAGCUCCGUGUGCCAGCUUUUCCUGCUCCCGGGAGAGGAGAGCGCUCGGCAGCAGCAGGACAGAUGGCAUUGCAGUCACCGCUGCUCCUUGGGGGGGCUGCAGAUGGGAGCUGGAAGCCUCUUUGUGCUGCUCCAGCCUCCCUCUCCAGCAGCCCUGGGGCUGCCACCAGCCUGCCCAGCCCAUCACCUGCCACUUACACAGGUGCACACGUGCACCCCGGCACUGUGAAAAUUCCAGCUGGACCUGUUAAAAAAAUAGGUGCGUUUAUAUCUAGGGUUUCCUCCAUGUUUGAAAAGUACUUUUCCUUCCUUGUAAUAUAUGCUGGUGUUUUUUCAUUAUGAAGAGGUUGCUAAAAAAACUGGGCCACCAGCAGUGACCUGAGAUGAAAGCUGACACGGCUGUUUUGCACAGCAGAACCCGGUCACCGCUGCCUCACUCACACCCCCACUGCGUCCAUCUCGGCGCUUUCCUGCAGUGUCCUGCGGUCCUCUCCCACCUCUGGCAAAGCGCAGAUGGGACAACUUUCUCAAAGUUACCUGGAAAACUACUGGGCAGCCCAGGAAGCAUCACCCUCAGCAAAACUGAGCUGCUCACUAGAAUAAAUCCAUUGUAAGUAACACGCAGUCACCUUUGGUCUCCACUUCCUUAACAGCUGAGCAAAGGAGCACAGGAAGUAAAACUUUGGAUAGGUAAAGUAAUUUCAAGCUUUACAAUCAAGUAAAGUGAGAUACUAAGUUUAAUCCCUUUAUCUUAGUUACACAUGAGUUACAACCUCACCUGUGUAAAUAAGUACAUUUUGUUCUGCUUGCUUAUACCUCCCUUCCUGUGCAACUUUCCAGUCCGCAGUUGCACCAGGUGACCUUGCUCUUUCCACUUCGUUUUUAUGCAGUUUCAUGUUGUACUCAUUACUGGACUAUCUGCAGGUAUUCCUGUUUCCCUGUCUAGUUUAAUUUCCCCCAAUAAUAUCAGAAAAAGGAAGAAUUGCAGCAGCUCCACCUAUCAUAUGGAAAGCUUACUAUAUGCUACAACCAUCUUCAGAAUAGUAUCAUGCUAUUUUUCAUUAUUAAAGUUCACUGAAGAGCUUAUGGAGGAGCCAAAGGAUCCUGCUGGAGUGGGAAUUCUAAUGCAAAGCAGACAUCAUCCUCCACUUCAAAGAGUUAAUAUGACUUGGGGCUUUCUCUCCUGGUCAUGCCAGGAGGAACCCGAGAGCAUCCAGCGUCCCUGCGCCCAUCUCAAGCAACACAAGUGCUGGUGUUCCGGCUUUACAGGACAUUGACAAUAUACUAACAUAAACGUGCUCUUCACAUCCCUGAGAAAAUCACUGACAAAACUGUAAUGCAAUAAAAUGUACACAUUCAACAAA